AUGCCUUCUAUAUUAAAAGUUCGAAUUAUAGAAGGUAGAGAUCUACCAAUUAUGGAUAGAAGCUCAGCUUUAGCAGAUGCUUUUGUUGAAAUAAGGUGUGGUCAGAAUGAUCCACAAAAAACCGAUAUUCAAAAGAAAACAUUAAAUCCAGUAUGGAAUCAAGAUUUUAGAUUUGAUUUUCCAAAUGAUGUUGAUAUUCAGGAUAAUCCAUUAGAUAUCAGAGUUUGGGAUUAUGAUUUAGUUUCAAAGAAUGAUGUCAUUGGUUCAGUUUUAAUCGAUUUAAAUGUAUUAUUAGAUGGUGAAACACCAACUUCUCAAAUUAAUGGUUGGUUCCCAAUCUAUGAUACUUUACGUGGUAUCAGAGGUGAAUUAUUAAUAACAGUUAAAUUAGAGAAAUUCCAAAAUGCUAAUCCUUUUAAAGAAUCUUCUGAUGGUGUUCAAUUCUUUUCAAUAUCAACACCAUUUUCAAAUUAUAGAAUUAAUACAAUUCAUUCAUUUGUUGAAGAAUUAAUUGUAGAGAACGAUCCUGAAUAUCAUUGGACUGAUACUUUUAGAGCAUCAAGAUUAUCAAAUUUUGAAAGACAAUAUUUAUUAUAUACAUUAUCAGGUAAAUUAAGAAGACAAAUGGGUAAAAAAGUAUUAGAUAUGGGUGGUAAUGCAGUAUUAGGAUAUAAACAACAUUUUGAUUUAGAAGGUGAUUCUGGUAUUGUUGCAAGAGGUUAUGGUACAGCAGUUACAUUAAGAAAAGUUGUUGAAUCAGAUUUAAUUUAUUCACCAAAGAAUAAUUCAAACUCUUCUUCAUCUUCCUCUUCAUCAUCUUCUUCAUCUUCCUCUUCUUCAGAUUCAGAUUCAGAUGAUUCAGAUGACCCAACUGAUGAUUUAACAGAAACAAGUAGUAGUAGCAGUGAUUCAUCAUCAAAUAGUAUAUUAAAAGAAAAUAGAAGAAAAAGAAGAAAUAAAUUAUUAAAUCUUCAUUCAGAUGUACAACUUUUAACAUUAAAUUCAUUUCAAUCAAAUAUUGUAGUUCAUUUAGGUGGUGUAGUUGCAACUAAAUCUGUUAAAAUUUUAAAGAAAUCAAAUACUCAAGAGAUGAGAGAUCAAUAUUGGACAGAGAUUCGUAAUGAAAUUAAAAAUCAUGCAAAAUCAUUAGGUUGUAAUUAUAUCAUUGGUUAUUCGGAAACUACUACCAUUCAACAAGAUGAGGAUCUUUGUAUAUUUAGUGCAACUGGUACAGCAGCAAUUUUAGAUCUUUUAGAUGGUGGUGGAGGUGGUGUUAAUUUAACUGUAAAUAACCCAAGUAAACGUGCAUUAUUAUAUAAUAAUAAACAACAACAACAACAAGUUGUUGGUAGUAGUGGUGGUGAUAUUGAAUCAAGUGAAGAUAUUAACCCAGGUAGUUUUAAAAAAAAUAGUUUAGGUGGUCCAGGUAGUACUGGUAUGAUACCAAUGCAACAAAAUAGAAAGAAAUCAAAUGUUGGCUCACUAUCAGGUUCUAUAGAAGAUCAAUCACAUUAUUUAAAUAGUGAUAAUAAUCAACAAUUAAUGAGUACUAGUAAUGGUGGAAUUUAUGAUUCAAGAAAGAAUUUAAAUUUUGGUGUUGGUAGUAAAAAGAAUCAAAAAGCGAAAUUAGGUUGUCAUAUUUGUCAUAUACCAUAUCACCCAUCAUCAUCAACAUCAAAUUCACCACCUGCAAAAUGUUCAGUAUGUAAAAAGAAAUAUGUACCAGAGGUACUUUUAGCAACUAUAGAGCCACCACCAGGUACACCAAUUACAGGUGGAGGUUGUUUGAUUCAAGCAAGAGCAUGUAAAUUGAAAAAGAAAUCACAAGGUGAAGAAUCAAAUGCAAUUCAAUUAUCAGAGAGUAUCCCAUUCGUAGAGUAUGAUUUACAUAAUCAAAUUAUGUACAAGUUGAAAUUGUUGGGUAUGAAUGCUGCAUUUAGUUUUAAAACUCAAAUUACAUUUAGUGAUACAUUGGUUAUUGGUGUUGCCACAGCAACUGCAGUUUUCCUAACACCAUUACCUUCACCACCAAUCUUACAAAUUUCUCGUUCUUUAGAGAUUACCGAUGAAAAAACUAGACGUCUUCAUGAAUUACAAACUAAAAUCGAGAAAAAGAGUCAUCAAAAUCAUAAUCAAUUAUCAAAAGCUUCAAAUCAUUUUCAACCUGAUCCAAUGUUUUUAUAUUUACAAUAUAAUCAAUAUCAACAACAACAUCAACAACAUUAUCAUAAUCAACAACAACAACAACAACAACAACAACAACAACAUGGUCACCAUGGUCACCACGGUCAUCAUAGUCAUAGUCAUAGUCAUCAUGGUUAUCAAAAUAAAAGAGGUAAAUCACCAAUAUCACCAAGUGGUUCAGUUUUACCAAAUGCUCUAAUUUCAAAUAGUGAAAGUGAAGAUAAUAGAAAUAAAAAUAGAAAUAAUAAUAAUAAUAAUACCGAUAAAGAUCAUGAUGAUUAUUUAUUAGAUAGUUCUUAUGAUUUAUCAAGGUCCGAUAAUAAUAGUAUAAAUACACCACAUAAAAAGAAAUCAAGUGGUAGGGAUAAAAAGAAAUCUUCAUCAUCAUCUAAAAAAUCAAAGAAACCUUCUUCUUCUUCAAAAAGUAAAUCACAUAAACAUGAAACCUCAAGUGAUGAUGAUGAACAUUAUAGAAGGAGAUCAUCAAAAUCAAAAAGUUCAAGUAAAAAGAGUAGUGGUAGUAGGGAUAAAAAGAAAUCAAGUAGUACUACUAGAAAAAGAAGUCAUACAAGUGAUAAUAUUUCACCAUUAUCAGAUGGUGCAUAUAAUGAGGAGAAUAGUGACUAUGAUGAAUCUGGUCCAGAUUUAGAAGGUAAUGAAACAAAUAACGAUACUACUGAUUAUGAUACUGAUGUUGAUACUUCUGAUGAUGAUUUAGCAAAUAAUACUGAACAUAAACGAAGACAACAAUUAAAGAAAUCAUCAUUAAAUGUUAGAAGAAAAAGAUCAUCAGUUUCAAAUUUAUCAAGUUUAACAACCACCACCACCACAACAACAACUUCAACAUCUUUAAAUGAUCAUCAAGAUCAACUUAGUAAUAAAAAUAGUAGCAGUAGUGGUACAAUACCAAUUCCAUUAAAUAAUAAUGUUUUAAAGAAAACAAUUGCAGCAUCAAAUGUUGGUGUAUCAUUAUCAAGUUCUGGUGAAUCUGAUAAUCCAUUAUUAUUAAACUAUCAACCAGAGAAUAUAAAUGAAUCAAACAAUGCCUAUAUCGUUGAGAUUGAUGAUAAAUUGGAUGAAGAUAAAAUGAGAACUUUAUUGGAUUUCGAUUUAUUACCAGGUUUUUCAAUUUGUAAUACUGAAGUAUUACCAGGUCAAACCAAACCAGUUACAAACGUUCAAUUAAUUACUGCAAUUAGAAGAGUAGAAUGGGAUGCUGUCGAUCCAAACUAUUUAAAUACUCAAUUAUCUUCAAUUUUUAAUAGUCUUUAUGAAAGUAUUAUGUUUAAACUUCGUGAACUAUCACCAUGUUGUAUUUGUGGUAUUAAAUUGGAUAUUAAAAUACCGGAAGAUGAUCAAGUUCAAAUCGUUUUAACAGCAAUGGUUACAAUUCAAAUGGAAGAUUUUGAUACAAGUUUAAUUUCAACUCCAUUAUUAUUAGAUCAACAACAACAACAACAACAACAACAAUUACAACAUCAACAAUUAUUACAACAAAUUCAACAAGGUUCAUCCUCCAUUGUUAACAGUAGUGGUAGUAUAAAUAUUGUUAACAAUGGUAGCGUCAUCAAUAAUAGUAGUGGUAAUAUUGGUGAUUUAAUUAAUAAUAGUGGUAAUUCUUCCAUUGCUAAUCCAUUAAUACCACCACCAAUGAAUCUAUCAUCAAAUAAACUUUCAAUUCCUUCAACUAUAACUGUACCACAAUUACCAAUUGCAAAUUCACCAUUUAGUAAUAUUAAUAAUAUUAAUAUUAAUAAUAAUAAUAAUAUUAUACAACAAAAGAAUGAAAUUUCAACAACAACAACAACAACAAAUAUAUUAAAACCUCAAACAUCUUCAUCACAAUUAUCACCAAAUGUAAUGGCAUCAGCUUUACCAAAUGAUUUACAAUUUGAUAUGUCUCCACCAAAAUCACCAAUGAAAAAAACUUCAGAUUCAAUAUCCAAUAAUAAUAAUAAUAGUAAUAAUAAUAAUAAUGUACCAUAUUAUCAUAGUAAUGAAAGAAUUAAAGAAUUAUUAGGAUCAAGAAAUGUUGAACAAAGACAUGUUGAAUUAACUCCACUAUCUUAUUUACCUGGUAGUAAAUUGGAGAAAUAUUUAGGUCGUAUUAAUAUUCAUUUGAUUAAAGAAAGUUUUAGUGUUAGAGAUCAAGGUGGUCUUGGUGUAUUUGGUCAUGUUUUCUUAAGAGAAGCAAAUGCUAUCGCAAGAGCUCAUGUUAUGGGUAUGGGUGGUAAUGCUUUAAUUGGUUAUCAUAUUGACGAGUUCACUUUAAUUUUAGAUUCUGGUCCAAAAGGUCAAGCCUAUUCUUUAAUUAGUAUUAGUGGUGAUGCUUAUAGUUCUACAAAUGAUCUUUAUGGUUUAAACCCUCAAAAACAAUUACAACAAAAUUUAUCGCAACAACAAACUUUACCACAACAACAAUAUAAUUAUAGUUCUUCAAAUUUACAAUAUAAUUAG